CACAUGAUCAGUCCUGAUGGCUGCGCUGGUGCGGCGGCGGUCGCUGUAUUUGCUGCUCUCUGUUUGCCCCUUUCUUCUGGGACCUGGGGCAAAUGGGGGGCGGUGCGGAUACCAGGCCUGUCCUGCGAUCAAGCCCGGGAUGUUGAAUGUUCACCUGGUCCCUCACACUCAUGAUGACGUGGGGUGGCUUAAGACAGUGGAUCAGUAUUAUUAUGGAGGACAGACUAACACUCAGCGAGCUGGCGUACAGUACAUCCUGGACUCUGUGAUCGCCGAGUUGCAGGCAGACCCCAGGAGGCGGUUCAUCUACGUGGAAGUUGCUUUCUUUUACCGCUGGUGGAGGCAGCAGAGUGACAGCGUAAAGGAGCUGGUGAAACAGCUGGUGGAUGAGGGCAGGCUGGAGUUUGUUAAUGGAGGCUGGUGUAUGAAUGAUGAGGCCACCACUCACUACAGCUCCAUCAUUGACCAAAUGACCCUAGGCUUCCAGUUUCUGAACGACACGUUUGGCAAGUGUGGCCGACCCCGUGUGGCUUGGCACAUUGACCCGUUUGGGCAUUCCCGGGAACAGGCCUCCCUCUUCGCUCAGGUAAGAGAGAUGCUCGUAAAAAUACAGUACCUGUGUCUGCAAACUGUGGGCUGCCUUCCUCCCCCUGCUCGAUCUCGCCCUUACCAUUUUCAGUUGCUAUGUCAACACUUUCUCUUUAAUAGUCUGAGCGGUCACAAUGUGGUUGUACCUUCUGACCACUAUGUGGUUCUGUAGAGUCAGAGGGCACAG